AUAAACUUCCCUCGUCAUUGUUUGGAGUCAACGAAAGAAGCCACACAGCAAAGAAACAUGGCAGCGGUGGCCGGAGCAUCCUCGUCGCUGAUUAAAGUGGCGGCGCUUUCCGGUUCUCUUCGGAAAGGCUCUUACAACAGAGGCCUGGUUCGUGCUGCGAUUGAACUGAGCAAAGAAAGGAAUGUGGGACUUCAGAUCGAGUACGUUGAUAUUUCGCCUUUGCCCUUUUUGAACACGGAUCUUGAGAUAAACGGCACUUACCCAUCCGAAGUUGAAGCGUUUCGCCAGAAGAUUGUUGCAGCUGAUAGCAUCCUCUUUGCUUCCCCUGAAUACAAUUACUCUGUUACAGGACCACUAAAAAAUGCAAUUGACUGGGCAUCAAGAGCACCAAAUGUUUGGGCUGGUAAACCAGCUGCCAUAGUGAGUGCUGGAGGAGGCUUUGGUGGGGGAAGAUCACAGUAUCAUCUACGCCAAAUUGGAGUAUUUUUGGAUCUUCAUUUCAUCAACAAACCUGAAUUCUUCAUCAAUGCAUUCCAGCCACCAGCAAAGUUUAACAGUGAUGGUGACUUGAUUGAUGAAGAUGCCAAAAUUAGGUUGAAGGAAAUCCUUCUGUCCUUGAAGACAUUUACCCUUAGACUUCAAGGGAAAAAUUGAGACAACCAUGAUUCCCAAAAAGUGUUGAAUGGAUUUUGGCUCAUACCUUUUAUGACUGCAUGAAAACUGUUGUCUGCAAAGACAAGAUAACGUACAUGUUUUUACAUUUUGCAACUUUUGUCUAUAUUGGUGUGUCGUGGUUUGUUUUGUUGCUAUUUGAGUAAAAUCUACAUGCCUUAAACUA